AUGGAGGCUGCAGGGGAAGCAGAGGAGCUGGGAGCCGAGGCAGAGACGGUCACAGACACGGUUCUGGAGGUCGGAGGGAGGCUGUUCCCGGUCAGCCGCAGGGCGCUGGCAGCUCACAGCCCUUAUUUCCGGGCCCUGUUCUUCGGGGGCGCCAGGGAGAGCUCGCAGCAGCACAUCGUCCUCAGGGGCAUCGCCGCGGGGCCCUUCCAGGCGCUGCUGCACUUCACCCGCACGGCAGAGCUGCCGCUGGGGCAGGAGAACGUCACCAGCCUGCUGGAGGCUGCAGACUUCCUGCAGCUGCAGAGGGGGAGGCUGCUGUGCCAGAGGUUCCUGCAGCGGCAGCUGCACGUCUCCAACUGCCUGGGGCUGCUGACCUACGCCCAGCACUUCGCCUUCGCGGAGCUGGCGGCGGCCGCCCGGAGCGUGGCCCUCUCGCACUGGGGGGAGGUGAUGUGCCAGGAGGAGUUCCUGGCGCUGCCCAAGGAGACCCUGCUGCAGCUGCUCCGCAGCGAUGAGCUCUUCGCCCCGCGGGAGGAUGUGGUUUUUGACAGCGUGGUGAGGUGGGUGAUGGAGGACCCGGCCACGAGAGAGGAGGACUUCCUGGAGCUGGUGGCCGAGGUCAGGGCCUCUUUCCUGAGCCUGUCCUUCCUCGACACCCUGGUGAAGCGCAGCAAGCGCCUCGGAGCCACCGACACCUUCUGCAGGCUGCUCAGGAAGCUGGACAGCUGCCCCCCGACCAGCUGGCAGCACCGGGAGCUGUCCCCUCCUGCCGGCCGCAGCUACGACACCUUGUACGUGCUGGGAGGGAAGCACGACCGGGAGCAGCAGGAGCUGUUCCUCUUCCAGCCCAAGACAGGCAGCUGGCAGCCCUGCUCCCCGCUGCAGCGCAGGAACCUCACCCAGUACGCAGUGGCAGCAGUAGGGAGCUUCCUCUUCGUGACCGGAGGCUACUUCCGGGAGGAGUUUGUGUGGUACAGUGUGGAUUGGGUCCUCAUCUACAGCUGCCUGGACAACAGCUGGCUGGAGGGCCCUGCCAUGAAGGUGUCCAGGCACAGCCACUGUGCAGUGGGGGCAGGGCUGUACCUCUACGUGCUGGGGGGCAGCACGGACGAGGGGCCGGUGCCCGCCGUGGAGCGCCUGGCACUGCUGCAGCCCCAGUGGGAGAGCAGGAGCCCCAUGGCCCAGCCCGUGGAGAGGGGAGCUGCAGUCAGCCUGGGCAGCAGCAUCUAUGUGCUGUGUGGGCUGGAUGAGAAUGGGCACGUGUACAGGGGGGUGCAGAGGCUGAACACAGACACCGACAGCUGGGAGGUCAUCUCCAUCUCCCCUCUGCCAAGGUACGACCUCUGCAGCACAGCUCUGCACGGAGCUCUCUACACCGUCGGGGGAGGAGCUCUGCGCUUCGACGUGGAGACGGAGGAGUGGAGCCCGGUGGGGGAGGAGUGCUUGGCUCACAAGUUCUUCAUGGGCUGCAGCACUGCCAAUGGACGAAUCUACCUCCUGGGGCAGAGGAAGGGCAACGGUGCCCUGCCUGUUGUCGUCCUCUUUGAUCCCUACACUGACGAGUGCCAGGUCACAGAGGACCUCCCAUGCCCCCUCCCCAUCCGCGGCUGUGUCUCCGUCCGGAGGUUCGACAGCUGA